AUGGGUGGCAGCGGACGUCGCUUGCAGCAUGGGUUCCAGAAGUGCUCCAAGUGCCAGUACACGUGGACGUGGCGCACACGUUCGGCAUGCUUCAACUGCGGCCACUGCCUCUCGCCCGCGUCCUCGCCCGCCAGGUCGCCUGAUGGUGCUUGGUCCGACCGGGCAGCGAGCGCCGACGCAGCCGCUGGCCGUGCUCGGCCUGCCUCUCGGCCACCGUGGCAGGAGGCCAGGCUGCGGCCCGACACGCGGCAGGUGCGGGAGGAGACGCUGCUCGAGACCAUCAAGCGCCGCAAGGAGGAGCUCCCCCUGGAGGCGUCCCAGGCCUUGGCGGGCCUCGAGGCGGCGCUCCAGCAGCCCACGGCCACGGCGCCCAAGCCCGAGCUGCCCGACGAGGCCGCCCAGCGGGCAUGGGGAGCGGCGCGUCGUGCGACCAAGGCGCUCAACGAGGCCCUCGACGCCACCGAAGGGGCCCGCGCCUGGCUCGCCAAGUGCCAGGCCAAGGAGGACGAGCUUGCGGCGGAGUACGCGCUCGCCCUCGAGGAGCAGGCGAGGGCCAUCGCACACGCCAAGGGCUGCCUCAAAGGCGAGCAGGCCACUCCAGCAUCGGUCUCGGUCAACCUAUCCUCCGUCCUCGAGGGGAGGGAGGGCCUCAACUUCGAGCUCGGGGUCGCCUUCGACCUCGACGGCAUCUCGCUCACGGAGCAGGAGCAGGCCGACUGGGAAAAAACGCUGGAGCAGUUCAAGCAGGACUUCACAAAGCAGGUGGAGGCAAUGUUCAAGCCCGCGGCUGAGGAGCUCGAGAAGCGGAGAGAGGGCCUCAAGAAGAUGCAGGAGGAGUUCCGCGCCAAGACCAAGAAGCGGCGGAUGGACUCUGAAGCUGCUCGGCCUGCUGGUGAACCUGACCCUCCUGGCGACGAACAGCGAGGCGCUGGGCGCGACGCAGCAGGACAUGACAGCGACGCGGCUCCUGGGACGCCCAGCCAGCCUGAGGCCGCCCCAGCCCCCAGACAGCCCCAGCUGUCGGCAGAGCGGCUCGCAGAGCUCAAGAAGGCCGCGAGGGAGCCGUUCACGUUCGACUCCGCCAACGGCUCAGGCUGGGGACCCCUCACGACCAUAUGGGGCAGGCCCCAGGAGAGGGCUCAGGAGCUGGCCAGGGAGGCCCAUGCGGGUCAGUGCUGGUUGGCCCAGGAGACCCACCUACACGAGGAGGAGGCAACCCGCGAGGAGCAGUGGCUGCGCAGGCAGGGCCUGCGGGAUGCCCUCACGCCUGGCACCAGCCACCCAGGCAGCCUGGACACGCAGCAGAGGAGGGCCGCCUCGGGCGGCACAGGAGGUGAGGUCUGGGCGGCGCGAGGCGCCGCUCAGCCCUUGCGAGGCGCCGCCGCUGGGACCAGAUCCAAGCGCGUCCACCCUGGGCGGCGCACCUGCCUCCACUUCGAGGGGCCCAAGCGAGGAGGAGGGCUGGCGGCCAGCGUCUACCUCGACAUCGACCGCCAGAGGCCUACGUCAUGGGAGGUGCCGCGCACGCUGGGGCACGCGCUGAGAGCCUCGGGCAGGUCCUUCGUGAUCGGGGGGGACGUCAACGUGGAGCCCGCCCUCUCCGCGGACGCGGCGCGUUUCUGGUUGGAGGCGGUGAGAGGCCAGGUCGUAUGCAACGAAGAGGGCCUCGGCACCUGCCACGUCGUGGCCGACGCGCCGCCGUCCGAGCUCGACUACUUCAUCGUGGCCAGCAUGUUCGGCGACUGCCCCCUGCGCCACACUGGCUCGGAAGCGCAGGUGGGCAUCAUGCUAGGGAAGGCGGCGCGCGCCGUCAUCAGGGGCCUGGAGCGGGGCAUGGGCGCGGUGGUCUCCAGGGACAAGAGCGAGAUCCUGGGGACCACCGAGAGGUUGCACCGCCUCAGCGAAUACCACAUGGACGAGGGCUCCUUCGCGCAUGCCAAGGAGACCAGGAACUUGGGAGUGCGCUGCGCCAUGGGCGCCAGAGCUGGGGAGGUGGCUGCUGGCCGACACCAAGCCGCCGCGGCCCAGCUCGGCCGUGCCCACCAGAGGUCCAAGCUCGCAGCCAUCGCCUUCGGCACGGGGCCUGGCAGGAGCAUCUGCCUCAGCAACCUGCUGGCCGCGAAGCCGUGGGACGACCCGCUCUUCGACCACAUCGCCAGGCCCAUGGAGGCGUGGGCGAGGGCGCUGCAGCAGGUCAAGGAGCAGGACAGGCGCGCCCUCGGCUCGGCAUUUGCGGCGGCGCGCGAGCGCCUCACCGCCAGCGGGCCAGAGGGCCUGGCGGGAAGGGGCCCAGCCUCCGCAGCGGCCCUUGCCGCGGCGCGCCUCGGCUGGAGAGCUGACCACAUCAGGCACACGUUCCAACGCGAAGUACAGGCUGCCUUCAUCAGGAAGCACUGGAAGGACGUGGCGAGCCACGACCCGCUACGGGGCCACCUGGAGGGCGGCGCGGCCAUCAACGGCCUGAGGAGGCGGUUGGCGAAGCAGCUCGCUGACCGCGCCCUUGCUUCGCGGUGGUCCUCGGCCAGGCAAUGGGAAGCAGACGACCUCAACAUCAGCUACUUCUACGACACAGGCGGCCCGAUGGACUCGGACGCGGAGCACGCCAUCUGGUCGCGGUGCCUG